AGUCUCGUCAGCAUCGGCUCCUGUCCUCGAUAAAUAACAGGAAGGCGAUUCCGAGCAGUUGACCCUAUAUAUACCAGAAAGUGGAGGGCAGGAGGGGAGAUCGUGUGAGGGGCGUGGUGUCGGGUGCAUUCGUCGAUCUGUCAGGGUCUCCGGCUGGCUGCGACGCCGUCCUUUCUCUGGAGAAACAAGGCAACGCAAGGAUCAAAUAGAAUAUCUCAUAAUUGUACAUUAAUAAGGUUCUUAGGAUUCCCCUUGGUGGUGAUAAGCAAAAGGAAAUCAUGUAUGGGUUUUAUGGACAAAUCUGUAAAUGGUAAAAGUCAUCCCAUAUGGAUUUUAUGUUGCCAAAGUUUUUUGGCCUUAUUUGGUUGGUCUCAGAACUCCCCAUAGUGAUGUAAUCCCUUAGAACUUCAAGCUUGAAUCUACAUUGGCAAUGUUGGUCGUGGCAUCAUUGAUAUUUUCUUUUCUAUUGGUGGCGGUAACGCCUAUUAUCGGUGGUAUUGAGGUGAAGGUACAAAAGUCACCAUGGAGGAUCCAAACGUUGUUCUCGGUGGAGUGCCAAAACUAUUUUGAUUGGCAAACGGUGGGCUUAGUCCAUAGUUACCACAAAGUGCAACAGCCUGGGCCAAUCACUAGACUUCUUAGCUGUACAGAGGAGGAGCGUCGACGUUACAAAGGGAUGGGGCUUGCCCCAACCUUCGAGGUCCCAUCCAUGAGCCGCCACCCAAAAACUGGAGAUUGGUACCCUGCUAUUAAUAAACCAGCUGGCAUUGUACAUUGGCUUAAACAUAGCAAAGAUGCUGAGAAUGUUGAUUGGGUUGUAAUCUUGGAUGCAGAUAUGAUUAUCCGAGGUCCCAUCAUUCCUUGGGAACUUGGGGCAGAGAAGGGAAAGGCUGUUGCUGCGUAUUAUGGGUACUUAAUUGGAUGCGAUAACAUUCUAGCACAGUUGCAUACAAAGCACCCAGAAUUAUGUGAUAAGGUUGGUGGGCUUUUGGCUAUGCAUAUCGAUGACUUGAGGGUCUUGGCACCUAUGUGGCUUUCAAAGACAGAGGAAGUUAGAGAGGAUAGGGCUCAUUGGGGAACUAACAUAACUGGUGACAUUUAUGCUCAAGGUUGGAUUAGUGAGAUGUACGGUUAUUCAUUUGGUGCUGCUGAGGUAGGCCUUCACCACAGGAUAAGUGAAGAUUUGAUGAUCUACCCAGGAUAUGUUCCAAGAUCUGGUGUUGAGCCUAUCCUCUUGCACUACGGCUUACCUUUUAAAGUUGGGAACUGGUCUUUCAGCAAGUUGGAGCAUCAUGAGGAUGGUAUUGUCUAUGAUUGCAACCGUCUUUUUCCACCUCCUCCAUAUCCCAAAGAGGUUCAGAUGAUAGAAUCUAACCCGCAUGAGAGACAAGGUUUAUUCCUAAGUAUAGAAUGCAUUAACACUCUAAAUGAAGGACUCCUAGCACAUCAUGCAUCUAUGGGCUGUCCUAGACCACAAUGGUCCAAGUAUUUAAGUUUUCUAAAAAGCAAGAGAUUUUCAGAACUCACUAAAACAAAAUAUUUAAAUUAUCAAGAAAUGAGAAAUUCGACUAUGGAGCAAAGAAAAGCUUCUGAUGAAUCGAGAAGGUCACAUCCAAAAAUACAUACUCUUUUUUCAACUGAGUGUUCGCCAUAUUUUGAUUGGCAAACAGUUGGUCUUAUCCAUAGCUUCCAUUUGAGUGGCCAACCUGGAAAUAUUACUCGGCUUUUAAGUUGCACAGAUGAGGACUUAAAGAAUUAUAAAGGGCAUGAUCUGGCACCUACUCAUUACGUUCCAUCUAUGAGUCAACAUCCACUAACUGGAGAUUGGUACCCUGCGAUCAAUAAACCAGCCGCUGUUCUCCAUUGGCUUAAUCAUGUGGAGACUGAUGCAGAGUUCGUUGUCAUCCUUGAUGCUGAUAUGAUACUUAGAGGCCCCAUCACACCAUGGGAAUAUGGAGCUGAACGUGGCCAUCCAGUUUCAACACCAUACGAAUACCUUAUUGGCAGUGAUAAUGUGCUUGCGAAGAUUCAUACACGCAAUCCUGGAGCUUGCGACAAGGUUGGUGGUGUCAUAGUAAUGCAUAUAGAAGACUUGCGGAAGUUUGCACUAUAUUGGCUUCAUAAAACAGAGGAGGUUCGAGCUGAUAAAGCUCAUUAUGCCACAAAUUUCACUGGGGAUAUAUAUUCAUCUGGCUGGAUUAGUGAAAUGUAUGGCUACUCGUUUGGGGCAGCUGAGCUAAAUUUGAAGCAUAUCGUUAGAAGAGACAUACUAAUAUAUCCCGGUUAUGUUCCUGAUCCUGGUGUCAACUAUAAAGUCUUUCAUUAUGGGCUCAGAUUUACUGUUGGUAACUGGAGUUUUGACAAAGCUGACUGGAGAACCACUGAUGUGGUGAACACCUGCUGGGCCAAGUUCCCCGAACCGCCGCCGCAUCCUUCUGACCUUACCGCCAUGGAUGAAAAAGCCUUGCAAAGGGAUCUCCUUAGCAUUGAAUGUGGACAAGCACUGAACCGUGCUCUUCAAUUGCAUCACGAACGGAGGAAGUGUCCUUUAUAUAGCAUCAUUAAUUCACAGCCUGCAUUGUUGGAUGGAAAAAUUGAUGAAAAGAAGGAAAUAGUAUAUAGAAAAAGUAAAUUGCCUGUUUCAGAAGCUUCUAAUAUAUCUUUGCUUCAUGGAUCAAAAUUUCUGGAUAGAUCUUUGAGGAUCUGGAUGAUUGGUAUUUGGGCUCUUUCUGUGGUCGGUUUCUUGGUUGCUAUUUCAAUGGUCCUCUCCAAACGAAAAGUAGAGAUAACGAGGUCAAAGAAGACUAGGAAAAAGAAUCCUUACACUGGAGUUUCAGUUAAGAAUUAUGAUACGGAGAGCAGUUCUGAAGCAUAAGAUAUACAUGAAAGAUGAAGCAAGCACUUGGCUAUAUGCUCUGCAAAAAAUAUUGGCUCAAAGAACUUCCUUUUAUCUGUAGAAAAGAAAAAGGAAACACUCGUCAAUUUGUCUGCUAUAAAAUGCAUGCAACAUACAGCUAGCUUAGUGGGUAAUGCUAUAGGAAGUUAAUGCAAAGGUCCUUAAGGCCUCGUUUGGGACAGCUUUCUUUCUGCUUCUCAAAACUGUUUUUUAAUACAAAAAAUAAAAAUUUUGUUCUAAAAAGCCGCUUUACGAAGUAGUAAGAAAGCCAUCCUAAACAAAGCCUAAAUCUAAUCCCGUUUGCAUUUAUGCUUUGGCAAUCAACAAUCCCCGACCUUCACUUAAUGCGAAUCUUUGUAGAGUAUCUCAAGCAGCUAAUUUCAUGGUGACCAUUCCAUUUUCCAUGGUAACAUUCAUUAUUUUUUGCGAGAGUUUAUGAUCUGUAAUCUGAUACAGUUUUUGUGAAUUGGCAAGUUAAACUAUAUUAUGACCA